AUGACGUUCAAGAGACGUAACCACGGAAGAAACAAGAAGAACCGCGGACACGUCGCGUUCAUCCGCUGCACCAACUGCGGACGUUGCUGUCCAAAGGACAAGGCCAUCAAGAAGUUCGUGGUCCGAAACAUCGUUGAGGCUGCUGCUGUCAGAGAUAUCGGAGAUGCUUCCGCAUACACCGCAUACGCUCUUCCAAAGCUCUACCACAAGCUUCACUACUGCAUCGCCUGCGCCAUCCACAGCAAGGUCGUCAGAAACAGAUCCCGUGAGGCCAGAAGAGACCGCAACCCACCACCACGUUUCGGACAGCGUACCGCUGCUGCUCGUCCAGGAGCCCCAGGACCACGUCCAUAA